AGAAAUUGUUAAACGCACUAACGUGCGCCGCGCGUAGUUUAAUUCGUUUAAAGAUAUUUUUUCAAAAUCGAGAAGCGCGUAACGCACACGCGGAAGUGAUUUGAUCUUUUUGGAUGGUUAUGAUGAUGUUGACGAAGACGACGAAGAUGGCGAGUGAUUGGGGAACAUGGGAAGAGCUUCUUCUCGGUGGCGCAGUUCUCCGUCAUGGAACCGGCGACUGGACAGUCGUCUCCGAAGAACUCCGUUCUCAUUCUAUGUCGGGGAUUUUCACACCUGAGAUAUGUCAAGCCAAGUACAAGGACUUGCGAGAACGUUAUUUGGGAUGCAAAUCUUGGUUUGAAGAGCUUAAAAAGAAGCGAGUAGCUGAGCUUAAGGCAGCUUUACUUAAAUCCGAAGACUCCAUUGGGUCGUUGGAAACAAAGCUUCAGAGUCUGAAAUCGGAAAGCGGCAAUGAAGAAUAUCAUCAAAAUGAUUAUGAUUCAAGCAGAACAUUAUCACUCGAACCACCAUCCCCAAAAUCUGAAGGCGGAGGAGAAUGCACAAGCAAAGAUACAUCCAAAGAGUUGUCAUCAGUUGGUAGUUUCACACAGCAAGAACUGACCACUACAAACUGGUCACCACAAGCCAAGUCAGAAGCAGUAAGAGAGCAAGACAAAAAGAAGGGUCUAUUACAUGGCGACAUAUUUGAGUCUAUGUACGGAGUAGCAGGAGGACAAGUGCUUCCGAGCAUGAGAAAGAAACGAGGCAAGAGAAAACGAAAAGACUGCAGCGCCAGUAAAGAUGUUAGCGCUGUAGAGGAAAGUGAUAUGUUGGACUCUUCUACCAUGGAUAUUGCUAGCAAUUCUAAGAGUAAAGAAGCUGCUUCUACUAGCAGCAACAGUCAUACCCGAGGCCACGGUUUGGCUUUACCCGAAGAGCUUAUGAAGAUAUAUAAUACCAUCUCACAGAAAGAAUGUGCUCUUGUCUUCCGGAGACGACUUGAUAGUCAGAAGAGGGCUAGAUACAAGAAACUGGUCAGGAGGCAUAUGGAUUUAGACACUAUAAAAGCAAGAAUCAACGGUCGUUCGAUAUCUUCAGCUAAAGAGGUGUUCAUGGACUUUCUUCUGGUGGCAAACAAUGCAGCUACUUUUUACUCUAAGAACACUCGUGAGCACAAAUCAGCUGUAUGUCUUAGAGACAUUGUCACCAAGUCUCUAAGACACUAUUUGACAGAAGACCAUCCUACUCCUCCUUAUCGCAGCGGCAUCCUUAGUACAAGCACAAAGGUUUCAGUUCCCUCUCCAAUAUCUAAAUCUCCUUCUGUCCGAACCAGCGUGGCAGUUAAAAGACCAAGAACCGGGGUGCACCCUCUUAAAAAGGUUGACCAUGAGGAUAUGGCGAAGACGACUUCAAGUGGUGGUAAAAAAAGGAGGAUUGUUACGGAUUCACCAGUUGCUGCUGUGAAGUUGUCAGCGGCGGGUAAGAAAGAAAUGGCCGUAGAAGAGAAGAGAAGAAGAGGAAGAGAUGGUAAUAAACAAGUGAAUCGUGGACUUGUUGAUUCUCCUGCAUUGGUAGGGAGAAAGCGGAAUAGGGUGAGAUGAGUUUGCUCGUUUUGAAGUGUUUGUUUCUUCAUAUGUUUCUUGGUUGGUUAGGCAGAGAAAAGCCUUUACUUGAUCAUCUUAGUUUUAUAUUUGGGUCAAUUUGAUCUGCAGGCAUAGAACACUGGGGAAAUUAACUGUUUAUAAAAGAUGUACAUCCCUUAUUCUUAUCGUUAAAUUGUUAGAGAAAGAAAAACAAUUAGGAACAAUAUUUGUGUACCGAUCCUAAAAGCAUACUAGUCAAAUACAAUUUCAUAAAUAUGGC